AGGAGACAGAAGUUCCAGGUUAUAUCUCCCGGUGUUGCUCUUGUCGCACAGCGGAGCGUGUCCCGAGCAGCGCCAGCAGGCGUCAGAGGCGGACGCCAUGGCCACAACCUUCCGGGCGAGCGGUAACUGCAGGGCGGCCGGGACUCCCUGGGACGCGAAGGCGAGCCCUCCCUUUCCUUAGGAAGUUGUCGUCCCUACCCGCAGAGCAUCAGCAUAUCCGCUACAACCCGCUGCAAGAUGAAUGGGUGCUGGUCUCAGCUCACCGAAUGAAGCGGCCCUGGCAGGGGCAGGUAGAACCUCCGCUUCUUACGUCAGUACCCCGCCAUGAUCCCCACAACCCUCUGUGUCCGGGGGCCACACGGGCCAAUGGAGAGGUGAAUCCCCACUAUGAAGGCACCUUCUUGUUUGACAACGACUUCCCAGCUCUGCAGCCUGAUGCCCCUAGUCCAGGACCCGGUGAUCACCCCCUUUUCCAAGCAGAGGCUGCUCGAGGAGUUUGUAAGGUCAUGUGCUUCCACCCCUGGUCGGAUGUGACACUGCCACUCAUGUCAGUCCCUGAGAUCCGAGCUGUCGUUGAUGCCUGGGCCUCAGUCACGGAGGAGCUGGGUGCCCAGUACCCUUGGGUGCAGAUCUUUGAAAACAAAGGAGCCAUGAUGGGCUGUUCCAACCCCCACCCCCACUGCCAGGUGUGGGCCAGCAGUUUCCUGCCAGAUGUUGCCCAGCGUGAGGAGCGAUCUCAGCGGGCCUACCAGAGUCAGCAUGGAGAGCCCCUGCUAAUGGAGUAUGGCCACCAGGAGCUGCUCAGGAAGGAACGUCUGGUCCUAACCAGUGAGCACUGGUUAGUACUGGUCCCCUUCUGGGCAGUGUGGCCCUUCCAGACACUACUGCUGCCCCGUCGACAUGUGCGGCGGCUGCCUGAGCUGACCCCCUCUGAACGUGAUGAUCUAGCCUCCAUCAUGAAGAAGCUCUUGACCAAGUAUGACAACCUAUUUGAGACAUCCUUUCCCUACUCCAUGGGCUGGCACGGUGCUCCCACAGGAUCAGAGGCUGGAGCCGACUGGGACCACUGGCAGCUCCAUGCUCAUUAUUACCCUCCACUCCUGCGCUCUGCCACAGUCCGGAAAUUCAUGGUUGGCUACGAAAUGCUUGCCCAGGCUCAGAGGGACCUCACCCCCGAGCAGGCUGCAGAGAGACUCAGGGCACUUCCUGAGGUUCAUUACUGCCUGGGGCAGAAGGACAAGGAGACAGCAGCCAUCGCCUGACCACACUGACCACAGAGCUUUCUGCCUGAGGGAACAAGGGCCUAGGGUUUGGGCAGAUUUGGGGUCAAUAAAACUGUGCUUCUCAAACUUUAA